CUUUGCACGACACAAAAUGAAAUUUCGCAAGAUUCUUAUUUUUGGCGCCAUAGCGUUUGGCCUUUUGGCUGCUUUGUUGGUCCUACUGAGCUCAUUGCUGAGCGAAUCCUUGCCCAAUGUGUUGGCGCCAGAGGGACGCGAUUAUGUCUUCGACUACGUCAUCGUGGGCGCUGGCACUGGAGGCUCGGUGCUCACUUCCCUGCUGGCCAAGCACAGCAAUGGUUCGGUGCUGCUCAUAGAGGCAGGCGGUGCUUUUGGACUACUCAGUCGCAUUCCACUGCUGACCACCUUUCAGCAGAAGGGCAUCAACGACUGGUCCUUUCUCUCUGUGCCACAAAAGCACUCUUCAAGAGGGCUCAUCGAGCAGCGUCAGUGUCUGCCCCGAGGCAAAGGCCUGGGCGGUUCUGCCAAUCUCAACUACAUGCUGCACUUUGAUGGGCAUGCUCCGGACUUCGAAGCUUGGCACAAGCGGCACAACUUGAGCGAUUGGAGCUGGGAACAGAUACGGCCAUUUCUGGCAGCUGCCAAGCCUCAAACGCUGUUCGAAAUUCCACGCAGCUACUCUAAGCUUACGCAGGCACUGGACGAGGCUGAGGCACAGUUUCCGCACAAAUCCUGGCACUUCCGGCGUUCGCGCUACUGCAUCCGGAACGGAUUGCGUCACUCGGUUCUGCAGCAGUUUCUGCAGCCUGUUAUGAAGAAUGUGAACCUGCGUCUGUUACCACAGGCGCUUGUCAAACGCAUUAAGCUGUCCAAGUCCCCCAAGCUGCGAGCCACUUCAGUGCUGGUGGGCAUCAAGGACGAACACACGAAUAAGGAGCACGAGUUCAGCAUAAAGGUGCAACGUGAAUUAAUUCUCUGUGCAGGCGCUUAUCAGACGCCACAACUGCUGCUCGCCUCGGGCAUCGGAGAUCGCUCCACAUUGGCCAAACUACAGCUGCCGGUGCAGCAUCAUCUGCCUCUGGUGGGUCAGGGCUUGCACGACCAUUUCAAUAUGCCCCUCUUCGUGUCCACGGGCGUGAUUGGACCCAGUCUGAAUCAGCGCACACUGCUCGAUCCGUUCAAUCUGCUCAACUACCUGAGCUCCGGCACGGGCCACUUUGGCAAUUUCGGAGUGGUCGGCCAUGUGAGUGGUCAUGAAGAAGUAGAGUGGCCCUUCAGCGUCACCUUUUUCGGCGCCGGUGCCAUUGAUGAGGGCUCGCUAAUGUCCAUUUCGAAUUUCAAACGUGCCGCUUUUCGCGCCCUCUUUCCACGCUAUCACAACUCAUCCCAAGAGGGCUUUGUCGCCAUCUCCAACUGCCUGCAGCCCAAAUCCCGCGGCUCCGUAACGCUACUCAACAGCAGUAUGCGUCGCAAUCCCCUCAUCGAUCCCAAUUUUCUGAGCAGCAGCGAAGAUUUAAAUUGUACCAUCGACGCUAUGCGCCACGCAAUCCAGCUAAUCACGUCCCCCGCGUUCGCAUCGCUCCAGCCGCGCAUCCAUUGGCCCCGGCUGCGGGAGUGCGCCAACUUUGGACCGUUCGAGCGUGACUUUUUCGAGCACAGUCCCUCCGAUCAUUACUUGGAGUGCAUUAUACGGCACUUGGGCUUGAGCUCGCACCAUCCCGGGGGCAGUUGCGCCAUGGGCAGUACGUCGAACGACAGCGUUGUGGAUGCGCAGCUGAGAUUGCAUGGCAUCAACAAUUUACGCAUCGUGGAUGCCAGCGUGCUGCCGAGUCCGAUAUCUGGCAAUCCCAAUACGAUUAUAGCCGCCAUUGCUGUGCGUGCGGCCACUUGGAUAUUGAAAAGUGAACUGCAAGAAGGUCAAGUGUCGCUGGGCUUAUGAACCACAACCCAUUAGGCACACACACACACACACUCACACACACACAGAACACACUCUAACGGGCUAUCAAAUAAUGUUUAUCAUUUGUUGUUUGCCUUCCAAUUGAUUUCACGCUGACCCGACCCCAUCCAUUGCCCGCAAU